CUUCAGAUUGUUUGUUUCUGCUGCGCUGCCUUGCUCUUAUCGCCCCAACACACGCCGGGCAGCUUCGCCUCCCGCCGGCGGGGCACUCGGCGUGCCCCAGAGCGGGGCGGGGAGCGCUGCGGGGGAUGGGGCCCGUGGAUCCUCACCUGCACCCCUUCUAUGUAUCCUUUCUCGACCCUGCUCUCUCCCUGCCUCUCCUCCUCUCCCUGCCUCUCCUCCUCUCCCUGCCUCUCCUCCUCUCCCUGCCUCUCCUCCUCUCCCCUGCACUUUCCCGCAUUCCGUCCCUCUGACUUCCUUCCUUUCCUCUCUCCCUCUCCUAGAUCCCCCCACCUUGCGGCCUCCUUUGCCGCCUUUGGUUCUGGGCAAGGCGUGAGGAAGAAAAUUGUUUGUGGCUUGGUUUUACCUGGCCAUCACUACCUGCUUGAAGCCUUUAAUUAGGAAAUUUGUGUUAAUGCUUGACCACGGUUGGGGGGAGGCGAUGUAAAAAAAUCUAAGCUGCUGUCUAUAUUAGGGCCGAUUACUGGAAAUCUCAGCCUAAAAAAUUCUGCGAUUACUGCAAGUGCUGGAUAGCAGACAACAGACCUAGCAUUGAGUUUCAUGAAAGAGGAAAGAAUCAUAAAGAAAAUGUGGCAAAGAGAAUUAGUGAGAUUAAGAAGAAAAGCUUGGAAAAGGCAAAAGAAGAAGAAAACAUGUCAAAAGAAUUUGCAGCAAUGGAGGAGGCUGCAAUGAAAGCAUAUCAAGAAGAUAUGAAAAGGCUUGGAAUUAAGCCAGAUGACGUAGGUUCCAGUUCAACACAGAGUAAAGUGCAAAGUAACACAGCGGAAACUAAAGGAAAGAAAGAAAAGAAGGAGAAGAAGGAAAAGAAAGAAAAGAAAAAAAAGACACCUCAGGAUGCCUCUAUGCCACCAAAAAUUGAAACAAAGGAGUGGGUGCAAGGAUUAUCUCCUGAAGGAUAUACAUACUACUACAACACAAAAACUGGAGAAUCACAGUGGGAGAAACCUAAAGGAUUCCAAGGCAACUCUCAAAACUCACAAAUGGGAGCAGAGUGGGUGGAAGGUGUCACUGAAGAUGGUCAUACCUAUUACUAUAACACACAAACUGGAGUAUCCACAUGGGAGAAACCAGAUGGUUUUGUUUCAUCUUUGAAUGAGAAGGGUCAACAUGACAAGUCUGCAGAAGCAGCAUCUGAAUCAGACUCAGAAGGUAGUGAGAAUGAAGCAGAAAGUUCAGAAACAAACUUAAAGAGGAAAGGAGAUAAUGGUGAAGAAUCAGAGGAAGGGAAAAAAUCUCCUAAAGCUAAAAAGUUAAGCCCAUAUGGGAAAUGGCGAGAAGUUAAGUCAGAAGAAACCAUGGAUAAAGAGGAGAGUACAUCAGCUUCCCAAGAAAACUCUAGUGAUGGAUCUAAUACAACCAACCCUUACGGAAAAUGGAAAGCACUUAAAGAAGUAGGGGAAGACCAGGAAGAAGAAGCAGGUGACCAAGUGGACCUGGAGCUUCCAAAUACAGAGAGUGACGGUGUUGCUCUCCCAGUGCUAGAGGAUCCAGAAGAGGAAACAGUCAUAUUUAAAGAGAAGACAGUCACAUCCCUUGGAGACCUGACAGAAGGGGUGCCAACGUUUAAGAAGAGGAAGUUUGAAAAUGGAAAAUCUAGAAAUUUAAGACAAAGACUAAGUGAUCAGUAAUACUUAACAAAUCAUUUUAGAUUCUGUUUAAGCUAGAGUGAAUCAAAAGUUAAUAUUUUAAACAGGCUUUUAUAAAGAAAAUAUUGGAUAGAAGUUAAGGAUUUAUAGGUAUUAAAACAUACGUGAGUUUAAUAUUUUUUUAUUUUAUUUUGAUGUGAUUUGUUUUGGAAUGGAAGUUUGUGUUAAAUUACUUACGCAAUAUUGUAAAUACAUGUAUUGUUUAUUUUAACCAUGCCAUCCAAGUUCUAUUUGCUCUGUGUGUGCUGUUUUGCAUACAUUUCAUGUGGUUUUUUACUCCUUUUCUAGGUAUGUGAGAAUGUAGUAAUCCUUAAUCUGACAAAAAUGAAGCAGACCAUGUAUUUUCAUAGAGGAGCUGGAUCAAUAGAGUACACUAGAGAGUAAAAUCAUCCCCCAAGAUUGUUCAUGUGGUGUAGUUUCUCCACUAAUGAGUAAAAUAUUAUGCUUACUAACCUUUGUCUGAUUGCUUGCAAAAGAGUAGGUGGUGAGACUGCCAACAUUUCAAACAAAUCAUUUAGAAGCUGUUUUUAGAAGAGUUAAUCUCAUCAGUGCCACCCAUUCCAAAUGAUGUUCUGAAAAAUUAUUUGUGUAUCUUCAUGGUGAAUGUAUUAAACCACUGCAGAAGAUCUAACCCUGAUGAAUCCUAACUUGUAGUAACAGCACCAGAGCAACCCCUGUUGGAGUAGACAUUUUUGUGAUGUCUUCCUGUCUCCUGCUUUAUUGUUGUCUACUUGAAUUUUUCCUUCCUUUUGCUUAUCAACUUUUCUUUUUUAGUCUUGCUUUCUUUUUGUCUCUUUCCUAGCAAAAAAACACUUGCCUGAUAUUUUAAUGAAAAAAUACUCUAGAGACUUGGCCCUGCUACAGUAUACAGGACCAUUUUUGAGGUGGUUGUGUUUUUUCUGUUGAAAAGAAGUGUGUGUUUCAUGGUUGCAGUGUUUGAUAAGCUGAGAGGGCCUAAGUGUGUUGGAGCUUCAUCAUUCUCAGUACCAUAGGGGAGAAAAUCAAAAGAUCAGCAGAGCUGAUGGCUGUAGGGUCCAAGAUGACUUGGACAUUUUCUUAAGGAUUGUAGUUUGGAUUUCUUCACUUGGUGGGAUUGGUCUGCAUUUAGCAUCACCAGGAUUUGUUGUCUGUGUCAGAAUAUAGCUGCACUCAUUGCUUUUCUAGCCAUCAAACAGUGAACCAUAAAGGUCCAAAUAAUGAGUCUCUUAAAAACUACAUCUCUAUUCUUAAAGCUCAAAGUGUUUUAUUCAAGAGAGUCUCAGUCAAAAAAAAUUAAAAAGGGCAUGCAGUUCAGGCAGUUGUCAAGAGUCCAGCAAAACUGAGUUGGUAACUGCUGAGCUUGAAUUUCUUUGAGAAAACAACUAUUAAUCUGUUGUAUCAAUUGAGAAAGGAGUGCAAGACAGGGAAUCUGGUUUAUUGUGUAUUACAGUGGAAGUUGAAGUUCUUUUUUCUGUUAUGUGACUUUUACUGUAUGUUUAGAAGAGAAUUAAUUAUUGUAUUAACCCCACAUAUUUUCUUGGCUUCCCCAGGGUUGGUGCAUUUUGUCUGAUGUUUGUUCUGAUAAAUUUGAAAGUUUGCUCUAUUAUCUGACCCUGGAUUAUCAUUUAAAGAUGCAGGACACAUGCAAGGUGCUUCAAAGCCUGAGAUGCAGGAAUGUACAGCAUGUACUCCAAGGAGAGGGUUUCUUAGUCAGAUUUUUAUGGUUUGUUCUUACUUGAACAUUACUCCAUGACCCUGCUCUAACUUCAAGUCUCCUUAUGUUUGUGGUCAGUUUAUUCUUCCAAUUUACACUAGUCUUGCCCUUGAGCUAAGUAGCUUUCCUUCAUCUAGAAUCCAUCACAUCUUCUCUCUUUGAAAUCACAAACAGCCUCCUUGUGUGACAGGAUCUUCAGUGUCCCACCAGUACUUCUCUUCACCAGCCUGAGUCUGCCUGAGCCACACUUGAAUUUCCCUGGGCUAGUUCACCUCCAUUAAGGCCAUGCAUGAUGUCAGCAGUACUUCCUUAGCAUAUUGGAAGUAACUCUUGACACUUCCCUAAACCUGAUUUGCUUUUCACAUGACCCCACAUGCUGUCUGCCAUGGGCACCCUUACCAGUGACUUACCACUAUAUCUGAUUCUCUCUGCUCCUUUGCUUUUUCCAGCUGCUGAGUUACCAGCUGGUCAUGCUUUCCUUUCAAACACAAUUCUUUUUUUUUCUUAGACUUUUCUUGUACUGCUGUACUCAACCUCCUUCUGUUACUCCAAGCCUAAAGUAUAUGCAUUUCAUUAUGAUUUCUGAAAAGUUGUUUUUGGUUUAUUAGUACAGUUUUAUAGGGUUUUCUUGUAGGCUCCACUUUUAGGAUAGCUUUCCUCUUUUAGUGAGAUUCCCAAAACAUUAGCAUCUUGCCUUUAAAGUGCUUUGUCAGUUUGAAGUGGUCACAGGCAGAGAUUUAAGAUACCUGUAACUAGAUCUCUUGAGCAGAUGUUUAAAGAUGUCUGAAAUGAGUGUUCAAAACUUGUUUCCUUGUGGAGAUGCUGUUAGCUGUAAUAUGAACCGAAGGUCUUUGUAUUGUGUUAAAUAGACAAACCAGAACAUUAGGAAAAUAGAUUAAAAGUUUUCUUUGCUCACAGCUAGUAAAGUUAGUUCAAAUACCAUAUGUGUGAUUUUAGCUGAUGUGACUUUUAAAGCCUGCAUUUCACAAAGAAAUACAGCACUUUGCUCUCCACUACCUCUGAACGUCAGAGACCAGUUAAUUCUUUGUUCUUAAGUGUAAAUUAUAUAAAGGGCCAGUUGAAUGAAUUUUUGUAUAUCCUAAGCCAUUGUUUAAUUUUGUACCAUGCUGUCUUUCACUUUCCUUACUAUAUAUCUGAACCAAAUAUUUUCUGCUCUACACAAAAGUACUGUCUUGUGUGAGAUUUAAGGCAGACGUUGCUUUUCCAGGACAUCUGUUUUGCACAUAUCUCCUUCCCUUCUGUCCUAUCUCCCUACAAGCUCUUCUGCUUUUGGAAUUUGCUAUAGGAACCCUCUAGGUAUUGCCCCAGUUAUGCUCCUCAUCUGCUAACCCUUCUUUGGGCUGUGCUGGCUUUUGACAAAGGAAUGUUCCUUUUGCUGUUUGAGCCGAGUGUUGUCUUUUCUGGCUGAUCUAUUUUCUAUUAGAGUGCUUUUAUCUGCUUGCCUGUUUUUAUUGCAAGCUCCUUGAGUGAGGACUACACCCUUGGUUUUGUAUGAUGUCAUAGAUAUUAUGAGUAAUAUGAGGAGAGCCAGAGAGCAAGGGGGAGUCAUUGCAAUUUCUGAUGGUGAUUUCUUCUGUGUGGUUUCAAGCCAGUCAAUUCACUGCUGUGUAUUUUUCUUUCCUUGCCUCGUGUUUUUAUCUGACUUGUCUGCUUAGAAAGGCAGCUUCACAGCAUAAGACUUGUGCGUGUUUUUUACAGCAGGGCCUGCCUGAAGCUGGUGAUGCUUUUAGAAGCAAAUAUAUUGUAUACACAGAAAGAAAAAUUAUUUUUUUGGCAUUCGCUAUGCCAGGAGCUCUGCAGAGGCUGCUCAGUUUUACCCAUGGUAUAGAAUAAUCCUUGUUCCUAUUUAGGAUAAAAUACAUUUUUUUUCUUCACCUGGGGAUUUGUAGAUUGAAAGCCACACUUUCCUAAUAGUGUGAAGUUUUGUUUGACCCUCAUAGAUAAAAUCCGUGCAUGCAGCAUCUUCCAAUUCCAAUAUUCAGUUUUAGAAGUGGGAGGGCUGGUCAUUAUGUGGAUCUGAGCUAAAUUCACUAACUUGUGUAUGCAUAAAAAUAUUUCUCCUUCUUCUUUUUUCUUCCCUGAAAGAAAAUUUAUUUUCAGUGCUAAUUUUGGCAUCUCAGAAAGGGAGUAAAAAACAAUUUCAUGCUGCUUGGUUUCUUUGAUUAGUUUUUUUGAGUUGUGUCUCCCAUUUUUUAGUACUGUUCUUAUUAUUGCUGUCUUCAUUGAAUUGUCUUCCUCCAGUAUUUCCAGAUCUGCAAAUCUCUAUCACCGCUGUGCCGUGUUUCUGGUGUCCUUCUUCAACUUCUCCCCUGUUCUGCUGAAAUUUCCAGAAAGUUGUGUUCUUCUGUAGCUGCCAUGUGUCCAGGUCCCAGCUCCCACAAGCGCUUCUGCUGCCUGUGUGCACUGUGCCCUGAAGAACCCUGUCUGUUUUCCACAACACACAAGCAAUUUCAAGACUUGACUACACGUGCUCUUCUGAUUUCCUUGAUAGUUCCUUUUCUCAAGACAGAUUCCAUUCCCUUGCUCGUACUGGGUCUGCAGCCCUUUAGAUCCUUUUGCUUGUUGGUACAAAAGUUGUCUCUAUACCUCCUUCUAUCAGCUGUGGCAACCCUUGGGUUGUUUUGUCAGCCAGACCUCUUUAUCUCUCUUCUAUCUACCUCUUUAGUGCCCCUACCUUCUACCUGCUAAAUUAUUUAACUUAGAAUUGGUGUUAAACAUUUGUGUGAUGAACAGGUUUAGUUUUGUGAAGUGUUUCGGGAUAGAACUUGAAUAGAAUUUUCCGUACAAAGCAAAAAAUUUUGCAAAUUAUCAUCUCAAAAAGCUAAAUUUGCCCAAGAGGAUUCCCAGAGAGCCAGAUUUCAGAGAUUCCUGGAAAAUUUGGGGAACCCCCAGGAUUCUCAAAAGCUGAUUGGAUUUUACCUGUAAAACCAUAAAUAGUCUAUGUUAAAAACCAGCAGACAGUGUUGCACAGACCAUGGGCUGGAGACAGUGGAUUUUAAUGGCUUGCUUGGGGUGAUUGAAAAGUGUUUGUUUUAGUUUAUAAGUAGUGUCUACAAAGUUAAACAGCUGGUUUCUCAGUUGCAAUUACAAAAUAUUGCAAGCUCUUGAAAUGGAAUUUAUAUGAAAAUACUGAAUAAAGCUUUUCAUUUGAACAAUC